CGCGGUGAGCGGCAGUAGUAGUAGGGAUUGACAUGUCGCGCAGAAAGGAGAUGUUUCGAAACAAGUGGUGUUUAUCGCUUCGGUAGUAACGUGCCGGCUGCGGCAACGGGAUGCGUGUUCUCCGCGAGUCGCUUAACGUAGAAUAAUAAAACGCAUAGAGGAGGAUCGAGCGCGAGCCAACACACUCGUCUGCGUAGAGUGUCUUCUAAAGCGGGCCUACGUUUCGACCUACGGUCCUAACCAAACCUGAUUGCGAUUCGCGUUCUAAGAUAAUUGUGCGACUUAAUCGUAGAAACUUUUAAGGAAAAUAAGUAAAUAAAUGAUAAAACGGUAAAUAUAACAUAGCGUUUGGCGAUAAGAAAAUUGGUGAUACAUUUAUUACUUACUGAUGCCGGGGUGCUCGCGAGUGGACUAGAAGAGCGCAUGUUGGUUGUUCUCUUCGAGAUUCGAUCGGUCAAAAAACAAUUGGGAGAAAGUUUCUAAAAGGAAAUGUUUUAAAAUCCCCAGUCCCAUCGUACAAGGGUGAAAGACCAACCGUGUGGAUCGAGUCAUGACGAGAUAUUGGUUCAACGUCAUUCUUUUCAGGGUCUUAUUUCCGGCCAUAUUAACAGGAUGUACGAUAUGGCGACCGGUAGGACUAUCUCUCGUAUAUUUGGGACUUGGGUUAUACUCACCGAUAGUCCCAACGCCCACAAGCAAAACGAUGUCCGGUCAUACAGGACUUUAUUUGAAAGCAAGCAUCUGUUUGUCCUUCCUCGUCGCCAUAACUCAGCUCACGUUUCACAUAGUUUUAUUAGCGAUGCCGCCAUAUGGUUAUUUUCUUCAAGAUUGUCAAUUUAUGGAAAAAUUGUUCAGACACAUAGGUUUAGUAAAACUAGAUAGUACAACGGUAUGGGAAGUAUUUUACUGGCUGACACCGGAAUUGAUUGUUUUACCGACAACGAUAAUUAUAUAUGUCACAUGUCGUUUCUUAACCCAACGUAAGCCGGGCGAUGACGAAGAGGAAGUACCCGUUCAACGUGUUAAUGAUUCCACCAAAAAAACCGAGGAUAGGACUACGAAGAUAAUCAACUUCUUCGGUCAUAUCGGCACGUACGUGGUUCUUGCCUCCUUGUGCUGUACCGCAUCCUUGAAGCCAUCGGUGGAAGGAGCUUUCUACUUUCUGGUCUUUCUCAGUGCCGCCACAUGGUGGGCCUGCAACAAGGAAUUACGAAAAGGUUUUGCAAUUUUAUGCAAAAUCGUUAUGGUCGUGGUGAUCGUACACAUUCUAGCGCUACUCAGUUAUCAAAAUCAAUGGCCUCAAGAACUCAUACCAGUCAAUAGCACUUGGUCUCGUUAUUUCGCGCUCACUGCGAUUUAUCAUACUAAUUGUAAUCAACCGAGGUACGUCGAAUAUGCGGACAAAAACGAUUGGUUACCUUAUGGAUACGCAUUGAGACUCUUCUGGCUCUACUAUGUCCUGGCUCUGCAAUCACAAUUUCUCAGUAAAAAACCAGCAAAGAAAGUGGCACGAUUAAGCGGUAAGCUCGAGAACUUGGAUACGCCAUUGUCCAGACACGUUUCGAUCAGACGAAGGACACCGUCCCAAAGAUGGCAAUCCGCACGGCGGAAGGCUCGCAGGCCGAUCAUUGAUACGUCGACGACACUUCCCGACGAGAGGACACCCUUGAUGCGUUUUGGAUCUGGAAGAACGGGACUUUUGCAAGACUCUACCGGCAGCGUUAUCAUACAGGAUGGUCAUCAAGAUGACGGUAUUCAAUUGCAAAGUCUCGAUGAGGGCGCCCCUGGAGAUAAUCCUGGAAUUUUGGAACAUAUCAUUAUGGCAGUUUACUCGAUAUUCCAGUUACUAAUUAAUUCCUCUUAUCUCGCUAUGAAUAUUAUCAUGAUGACGUGGAGUAUAAUGUAUCACAGUUGGAUGACCUUUGCUCUUUUACUUUGGGCUUUAAUCCUAUGGAUGAUGUCCAAUAAACGUGCUUCAAUGAUGAAAUGUUCACCUUUUAUCGUCUUUUAUUCGACUCUUUUGUUACUCGGGCAAUACGUUUACAGUAUGGAUUUGACCGAGGAAGAACUACCGACGACGAUUAACGGUAUAAAAAUAUCCGAGAUAGGAUUCAGCAAAGCUCAAGAGCUCAGUCGUUGGCAUCUGAUUGUUAAGUGUUCAUUCAUGUUGAUAUUUUGGAUCACGAUGAGACAGUAUACAGCAGAGUGGAAACAACAAAGACGACUGUCUACUUUGAGAGACAUGGUUGCGCCUUUGCACGUUUCAGUUUCCACAGCCACCACAGCCAUGAAUCAAGAAGUACAAGAGGUGAAAAGCAAAUUUAUGAAAGACGUCGGUAUAAUUUUGAAACAACUCUUGACAAAAUUCUGGAUAGCCGUUGUGGCCAUUAUGCUCUUCAUUUGUGGUAUCACCGGUGAACGAAUGACAGUUUUUAGGAUUGUUUACAUGUCGUUGUUCCUUUUCUUCGUGAUUACAUUUCAGAUGUCCUGGUUAGUAUGGAGAAAAGUAAUGUAUACAUUCUGGAUAACCGUCAUUGGCUAUUCGGUAAUAAUGUUGAUACUAGUAUAUACCUAUCAGUUCCAAAAUUUUCCGAAAUAUUGGAAUUAUUUGGGCAUAAACGAACAAUUACAAAUGGAUAUUGGCUUGGAAAUAUAUGAAACGAAAGAUUUCUUUGUAAGACUGCUGAUACCAACAUUUUUCGUUAUCAUCACAGUGCUUCAGAUGCAUUAUUUUCAUAAUGACUUCUUAAAAGUAACGACUAUCGAUAAGCUCGGACCAGAAAGUGCUCUUAGACGAUCGAGUCUCGGUCAUACACCUAGCUUGAAUGAUUCCACAACGUCGCCUGCACAAAUUAUUCUUGGAGAAGAAGAAACAUCCAAUAUGUAUACUUUGAACCAACUUAAGCGUAUGUCAAGAUUGGAAAGAAUCGAAUUUGUAAGAAAUUUAAUGGAUCAUGUGUACAAUUUUUACAAUUAUACCUGGUUAUUCCUGGAAAUUCAUAUGCAGAAAAUUAUCUUUAUUUCUCUGAUUCUUUUGUGUGUCAAUGAUGUAUGCGCGAUAAAUCUCCUCUUUGUCCUUGCUAUAGUUAUCAUAAUUAAUUUCAAUAGGAACAUACAGAUUAUGUCGAUCAACGUUAUAGCUGCGAUCAUUGCCCUUUUAAUGGUAAUUAAAAUGUUGUACCAGAUAAAAUAUAUCGAUCAUAAUAAUUGGAAUGUAAAUUGCACGAAAGAAGUCAACGAUAGUGCAGAAAAGUAUGGUACCAAUGAAACCGUAUACAACAUCGUAGAAUGGUUUGGUAUAAAGAAGGGUGAACCUGGGCAUCUCGCAGAAUUGUUGAAGGGAUACAUUGGUAUCGUCACAGUAACGACCUUAAGGAAAAUCAUUCGAAUUCGACAAUGGUUUUAUCGAAAUGCGAAGGGAGAGUCUUUGGACACUCCUCAAGUCAUGUUUCCAAAUAUUAUCAGAGUAGAUGCAGACAAGGGUAUACCGGAAUGCUUGAAGUUCCUCUUUAAUUAUGGAUUUUAUAAAUUCGGCCUUGAGAUGUGCCUUAUCGGAAUUGUGGCACUUAUUGGCAUGAGACUCGACUUUUAUUCCGUUCUUUAUGGUUGUUGGCUUCUAUUGUUCUUCUCAUUGAAGAGGAAAACCAUUUCUAGGAUAUGGCCGUUCUUUAAAACGUUCGCUAUAAUAUCGUUGCCUAUACAAUAUGCUUUGGUGGUAGCACCACCUACAUGGUUUUGCAUAGAAUAUCCUUGGAGUCAUUCGGAGACGUUACGAAAGCUGCAAGAAUGGAUGUAUUUUCCAGAUCCAGAUUAUCCGCCAAAUCCUAAAAAAUUAAUCUGUGACUUUUUAUUGCUAAUGAUGAUCAGUCGGCAGAGCCUUGUAUUUAGUAUUGAAAAAAAUAACAUACUGUCCGUUCGAGAAUUCGUCGCUGGUCAUAACUUUUCUGUUUAUCAAGACAUGGACAAUCCGAAUUUUAUAAAUCCGGUUAAAGAUUACGUCUCUCACAUACACUGCUGGUUGGAUGUAUUUAAACGUGGCAGUAUGAUGAGUCUAAUGUGGAUCACUCUUUCUAUUAUGUUCUUGGCUGGAACAAAAAGGACAAAUUUGUUCUCCCUUGGAUAUCUUAUAGGUGCCUUCGUAUUACUAUGGCAAGGUAGCGAUUUCUACUUAAGACCGGUCAAGACAAUACUCAAGUGGUGGAAUAUGUUAAUUGGUUAUAACGUCAUUGUCAUCUUUUCAAAAUCUUUACUCCAAGGUGUCGGCUGUAUCCUGAUGCAGCAGCUACAAGAUUCUGCCUACUGGCUAGUCCAAUUACUAGGUAUUGCCUGUCUAAAAAAAUUCCACAGUGCAACGAACGAUGGAGAAAUCGGAGGAGAUACUUGCCAAGUACCACGAGAGGAUAUCGGCAUGGUUUGGGAUGGAUUAUGUUUUGGCUUUCUCUUGAUGCAAAUGCGCCUCUUUAAAAGUUAUUAUUUCUUCCAUAUCGUGGACGAAACAAAGGCAAUGAGUAUAUUAGCAUCGCGAGGUGCUGAACUUCUUGAGGAGCUGCAUCAGAAACGCAUAAAGAUCCAAGAUAAUGUGGAAAAGGCUAUCCUACAAAAACUCAAAUACAAAAUGGACAAGAUUAAAGCUAAUCAAAGAAAAAUUCAGGGACCGUCGUAUAGAGAACCUGAAACCCACAAAAUAGAUACUCUUUAUCCAGGGACUCGGCCGUUGUACAAAGUUCGCGUGCCAAAGACCAACAGAGAGGCCAUCAGGUCAGGUGAUUACUACAUGUUCGACGAUUUGGAUGACGACGAUAUAACCGAUAUUGUGGCCGAUACCGAGAUAGAACGAAAGGAAGACGAACAAAUCCACGAAGAUACACACGACAGAAGAAUGACAAUAACGGAGCUGAUGGAUACGCUGAUUAAGACAGACAUUGCGAUAGCGACCCACGUUGCCAUGUAUGGAGGAACGAAAAAGGAUGCGUUGAGACUUCGCCGUCGGAGCGUACCGCUGACGCGGAAGAAAUCGUCCAUGUCCUAUCUGAGCGCGCGAUCUGAGACCGAGACUGCCGUGCCGACCGACGCCGCCGAUCGAACGAGCAUUACAUCGGACGAGAUUGAAUCGGAAGAAAAAGAAUUAGGAGCGGUGGACUUGACGAAACCGCAACCUUCCGAGGAUGAAAUAGAGGAAGGAGAUAAAACGGUGGAAAGAAGUAUCAAAGAGGAUGACGGAAAAGAAAAAAAAGUUUCCAUUUCUACAUAUUUUCAAUUCUUUUUGGUAAUGGUCAAUAGUACUUUGAUCUCGAUGAUCAAAUAUCUCAAUCAAUUUUCUCGAGAUUAUAGAUAUAUUCGCAAGAUUUUAGCGUUGGAGAAGAAACUAUUGAAGGAAAAAUCGGAUUUCAGAACGGGUUUCAGAUUAGGGAUUAAUCAAAUGUGGCAACCGAUACCACUAGUACAAGAAAGAUCGACAACUAAUGAAGAUACAGAAGGAGCUGCUAAUCCCGGUGAAGGUCCUAGUCAGCAACAAUUGCAAAUCGAGAGGAAGGAAAGCUCGCUGACGGUACCUCAUAUACGAAUCCUGGCGCCAAGUUUGGAGCGAGGAUUGGACAAGUCCUCCUCUAGCAUGAUUUUCUCGCAAAUAUCGCAAAGCCAAGUCGAAGAGGAAGUUGCAGAAUUGUCCGAAGUUGAUCAACCACCGAUAAUUCAAUUGGCAGCAUCGAUAUGGUUUGGAAUUCUGGCACAUUCGAGCCUCCUCUGUUAUUUUAUGGUAUUUCUUCAUCAAAUUAAAAAUGCCUCCGUCAUCUCCACGCCAUUACCUCUGAUGGUGUUUUGUUGGGGUUCUCUCACGAUACCGCGACCUUCGAAAACCUUUUGGGUGACUUUAAUAGCUUACACGGAGGCAAUCGUCAUUAUAAAAUGUAUUUUCCAAUUGGAACUCAUUCCUUGGAGUCGAAAAGCAACAUCUAAUGAUCCGCUUUUCGCGCCAAGAAUCAUUGGCGUUGAACAACAACAAAAUUAUGCGUUAUGGGAUUUGUUAUUACUACUUAUGGUUUUCUUCCAUAGGUUCAUGCUCAAAUCAUUGGGACAAUGGACCACACCGUCGACGAGGCCAAGAAAAAUUAUCCCUUCUAAUUUGACAGUGGUUCAGUCAAAACCUCCUAAUCCUCCUUCUGGUGAUGGCCAAACGGAAGAAUCGACGACGAAUUCUUGGCAGCAAGAAACUGCAGAAUCACACGCCAAUAUUAAAACACCAAAGGGUAAGAUUUUAAAUAUUAAGGAGAAAACGAAUUCGCAAAAUAACGCAGUAACAGUAAAUGAAAAUGAGAAGCUUGUAGCUAUUCAAGGUGAAGAGAUACAUCCUAACAAUGAGAACAUCUCGACAACCAUGAAUAUGACAUUUAACAAGUAUCUAGAACCUAUGAAAGAAUUCUUUACUAAAAUUCUUAGUCCCGUCGGCAAAGAGAAGACAAAUGUCUAUGCGUACAUGUUUCUUUGCGAUUUCUUUAAUUUUCUUCUGCUGAUUUUUGGAUUUUCUGCCUUUGGUACACAACAGGGCGAUGGUGGAGUGACGGCUUAUUUGCAAGAAAACCGAGUGCCCAUGCCUUUCCUACUAAUGUUAUUACUUCAAUUUGCUUUGAUAGUUAUCGAUAGAGCUUUGUUCUUGAGAAAAUCCAUUGUCGGAAAGUUGAUCUUUCAAUAUUGCCUGAUAUUUGGAGUUCACAUGUGGAUGUUCUUCAUAUUGCCGAGCGUUACGGAAAGACAAUUUAAUUACAAAUUACCACCACAGAUCUGGUAUAUGAUGAAAUGUUUCUAUCUGUUGCUCGCAGCAUACCAAUUGCGCCAAGGAUAUCCAACCCGCAUACUUGGCAAUUUCUUAUGCAAGAAAUAUAGCAUAGUAAAUUAUGUCUUAUUUAAAGGAUUCAUGUUAGUUCCAUUCCUGUUUGAAUUGCGAGCUGUCAUGGAUUGGAUUUGGACCGAUACUUCUAUGACAAUAAUGGAUUGGUUUAAAAUGGAAGAUAUCUUUGCCAGUAUUUAUCAAAUUAAGUGUAUGCGCGGAAUGGAAACGGAUUUUCCACAACCACGAGGAGAAAAAAAGACUCAAAUGAGCAAGUAUCUCGCUGGCGGUGGUGCACUCUGUGUCAUAAUAGGUCUUAUAUGGUUCCCUCUCUUAUUGUUCGCACUUGGCGGAACAGUUGGCGUUUCGAAUUUGCCUUAUGAGGUGUCGAUGAAGAUAGCGAUAGGACCGUACGAACCGAUUUACUCGAUGUCUGCUCAGACCAGUUCGAUCAUGGGAUACAAAGAAGAGGAAUAUAAAAAUUUUACGGACUUGUAUACUCAGGAUAAAGCAGCGGUUACCUUCUUAGAAAAUUAUAUUAAUACAGAUGUGGCGGUUAUUAAACUUAGUGGUUUCUCUAGAAAAUUAUGGGAUAUUUCACCGCCUGACAAAUUAAGAUUAAUUGAAGAAUUGAAAUCUUCGGCGGACGUUGUUGUUCACAUUGAAUGGGCGGUUUCUAGAAAAACGGAUGUGAAAGAUUCGUCUGGUAAAACAACGAGUCGUCAUGACGUGAUAUUACCAGCAAUUAUAAAUGGAGAAUUUAAUCCUACGAGGAAGACAUUAAUAGACAUGUUAUCUAUAAACGGAUUAAGUCCGUCUAAUGCUACGAUAAACGUACCACAUUCAUUUCCAAAAUUCCUCAAAGUUACCAGUAGAUCCGCCGAAGUUGUUUCACAAUUAAUGAAAUUAUCGAGCUCACAAUCGUUAAAUGAAGAGGACGAUGAUACGCCCACUGACAAAUAUCUAUAUAGAAAUAUCAGCCUUCAAUUAUCGAUUGACCGACAAUGUUGUGCAAAUCAGCAAUGGUGGAACGUACAAGAAGUUUGCGAUGAUCGUUUUUAUUUAGAUAUAUUACAAAAGAUACCAUUGAAUGAUUGCAAAUACAUUACGAUGUUCCUUUUCAACGAUAAAGUAUUUCCAGAAGAAUUGAGCUUUAUCAGUGGGUUUGGAAUUUUGGGUUUGUAUACUACUGCUGUAAUCGUGAUAAGUCAAAUGAUGCGUAAGGUGGUAAGCGAUAUGGCGCCAAAGAUAAUGUUCGACGAUCUACCGUACGUCGACAGAAUUCUUCGAUUAUGUUUAGAUAUUUAUUUAGUACGCGAAAGCGGUGACCUGUGCUUGGAAGAAGAUUUGUUUGCGAAACUCAUAUUCUUAUAUAGAUCUCCAGAAACCCUUAUCAGGUGGACGAGACCACCGGAAGAAGGAGAGCGCACUGACAAUGAGGAUCAAGAUGAAGAAGACGAUGGCAAUGAAGCAGAAGGAAGAGAAUCGCGUGAAAGACCUCAUCGUGAUUAAACUAUUAAUAAUGACGGUGACCAUCCGAUGACGUAAGAAUGAUAUGUACUAUAUAUAGUGUGUUCAUUUUAUACAUUAAGAAUCAAUCCUGAUGACCGAAACGGAAAGUCAACUUCGAGAGUAUAUUGUACGGCGUACUUUGACCAUCAUUACUAACGACGCAUAUGUAGGUGAAGUAAAAAAAAAAAAAGUUGUAUAUCAAAAAAGAUUUAUUUCUUAUUAUUAAGGAAAUGUUAAAAACGGGAAUACUCUUCAACAUUUAUCUAAAACUGCAGAGGCAUGCUUCUAAUAAUGAUGCAAUUUAUAAGUGGCUUAUAAAUGAAAAAAUGUAAAGCCCUUUGGUAUGCAAGUUUUUAAUAAAAACGACGAAUGCUUUUAGAUUUAAAUUAUAUACGAAAUGUGAAAUAUAUACGCUUUAUUUAUAAGAUCGUGCGAAAGCGGAAAAAAAUAAGACGCAUAAAGAAUAUGUUUAAAAAUGAAAAAGAAAAAAGAAAUGACACACGAAUCAAGUACUGGGAAUGUUUGUUGGUUGCUUCAGAAAUGGCCUAUGCAAAUUCACACAAAGAAUUUCUCUUCGUAAUUGUACAAAUGGAUCAACAAAUUCUAUCAAUCAUUUGUUAAUGAAUAUAUCAUUCAUUAAAAGACAUGUUGAAUUUUUAAUAUGAAUUCUAUCAUGAGUUAUGCAUUUAAAUAUACAUUUUCAUAAAUAAUUUUAUAAUCUUCAUUAUGCUUAAUACUUUCUAGUUAAUAAUAUAAAACUAUGUAUAUAAAAGAUAUAUGCUUGAAGGCAUUUUAUAAGUAUUAAAAUAUAACAAUCUGAUAAGAAUAAAAUUCUUUAUUAAAUGAUUGCAUACACAUUGUAAUUAAUAAAUAUUUAUGCAGAAUGUAUUAAACGUAUUUUUAAUGCAUUAUCAUCGGUCUAUCACGCGAAUCAACAUUAUAGACGAUAUACCGAUUUAAUGAUAUACUGCUUAUAUAUAUAUAUAUAUAUUCAUUUAGUUAGGAGUAACAAUGCGCAUAUGUGACCGCUGACAAUGGAUUACAUUAUAAGUAAGUAGUAAUGGAAUGAUAUAAAAAUAAAUUAUUUUUGUUAUAACAUA